UUUAAGUGAUGUUGGGCCAAAUGAGAUUUUAACAUUGUAUAGUUUGAUUUUAUUGAACUAGUUGAAGAAUGUCGGAGAAACUUAUUUUUAAAGCAGCCAUUUUGAUUACGUUGCAGCAAAUACUAUUUGUUUCAUGCUACACAAUGACAUGGAAUAUUUUAGAUAAAAAACGAGUGAUACCUAUUUCUUGAUAUAAUCUUCAGGGAUCUUGUUCCAUAUUAUAGUGAGAGAGGAUUACUUUAAAAAAAUCUAUCAUAAUACAUUGCUGUAGAUACAUUCGUACGUAAAUAAAUUGUCAGUAUUGCGCCUGCCUUUACAAGCACUCUUGAUUAGUGCUAUUUAACUAUAAAAAUUGAAUAGUAAUAUAUUAAAACUUCAAGACAAGUUCUCAACAUUAAUAAAUACCUAGUUUGACUGUCUGUUGACUUCAGUCUAAGGCAUUAGGAUUAAUAACUUACAGAAAUCAAAAUGGAGCAUGCUCAAAUCCAGACAUCAGAUGGUACACAGGUGGUGACACUAAAUGGGCAGCAAUUACAGGUUUUGCAGAUGAGCAACAGCCCACAUGUUGUUCAAGGACCUAAUGGACAGCAGAUAAUGGUUCACUCUGUACCACCAAGUGGGCCAAUACAGGUGACUGCACCCAACAGUCAGCAAAUACAAGGUCUUCAAGUAGUACCACUGUCCAGUAUUCAAGGUGCAAAUAACAACAUACAGACAAUGCAGCUAGUGCAGACUCCAGAUGGUCAGACGUUUCUUUAUCAACCUACAUCCCAACAGAUUGACCAGCACCAAGUCAUACACCAACCUGUAUUAAAUUUCGGUAAUAUAGUGCAAGUAGCGAACGCAGUCCAACCACAACAGAUAGUUAACCAACCCAAUAUUGUUAUGAUGGUAAACGGCAACAGUAGCGGGACGACAUCUAGCGAAGGUGCGACGGCCACCAGUGCCAGCGCAGGCUCUGAUGAGGAACCACUUCUCUAUGUCAACGCUAGGCAAUAUAAACGGAUACUAAAACGCAGGGCUGCGAGGGCCAAACUGCAUGAACAAGGGCGUAUACCCAAAGAACGACCGAAAUACCUUCAUGAGUCUCGACACAGACAUGCAAUGAACAGGAUACGAGGGGAAGGUGGAAGGUUUAAUGCUGGCAGUAGAAGGAACAUGGAGACUCAAUCGGAUGACCCAGCGAGACAUGGCAUAGAUGAUGUCAAACCAGAUGUCUCCAUCACUAUCAUACAGAAUGAUGAAAUCGAAGAACAAUCGAACCAAUGGAGGAGGCUCGCACCACACCCUAUGCAGUCGGCAUAGCGACGAAUCAAGAAGCGAUGACGGGACACUUAGUGAAAUUAUUAAAGUGAUUGUGAUAUAGUGAAGUGUCAAAUGUAGGAUUGUGGUACAUGAGUGUUAAUAAGAGUAAUAGUUAUUUAAAUUUCGACCAUAAUGCAAAGAGUAUUGUCUUUUGUUUUCUUUCAUAAUGCAAAGGUCAUUAGAAAUAUUCAGUGAACUGACGAACUUUAUGAAAAAUUGAAACACCUUCAUAUGGACAGAUCUACAAAUCAUCACAAGUGUAAACUAGAAAGUAUAAUUUACUCCUUUACUCGAAAAAUAAUGUCAAUCUAUAUAAAUAUUAUACAGUGAAAAUCUGUUACAACGACAUUGAAGGGACUACUCAUAUUUGGUCAUAAAAAACCGAUGACGUUAUUAAGUACCACCUACAAUAUAAUUCAGCCGGGACCUUUGAUUUUGGUCAAUAUAACCGGUAUGUUGUUCUAAACAAUGUCGACGUGAACCAGUUUAACUGUUUAUCUAAUUAGUAUAAUAAUAUAUAAUUGGUAAAAGUUAAAGACAAGUUGUUGUCAUAGUUCUGUCUCAGAGCGAAGACAGAAAUUUAUUAACAAACUACAAUUAUUAGUAAACUGCCAAACAAAUUAGUGCUGGUGUAAUUUUAAGAAUUCUGUCAUGGCCCUAUUCUACAUCACAAUUUAUCUCAAAAAUAAUAUUUAGAAUAAAUUCAAUAAAAAGUUGGUCAGUCAUGAAUACAUUUAAGUUAGAUAUUGGAAUUUGCCUAAGGAAACGUUUUUUAUACUUGUAUUGUGUUAUUGUUAAUGUUGAUUCAGGGAUAAUGAAAAGCUUAUUUACCGGAUAACUUAAGUUUUAUUGCAAAAUCAUUUGAGUGUUAUAUCAUACAUUGUUAAAAUCAUCUAUAUUAUUUAGUUUUAAGUAGGUUAAGAUCUGGGCUAUCACAAUAUAGGUGUAAAUAUUUUUAUAAAUGUAAUUAAUAUAUUCACGAAAUAUCAGGGAAGUACAAAAUAUACA